UGCGUCGCAUGUUUACAGUUAGAAAUGAGCUCUAAAUAACAACUUAUUUUAAUGCAUAAUGACAGAGUGUCAUCCUAUAUUAAGGCUUAUUAAUAGCGUGGUGGAUUUGAAGUAUUGAAAGGGCGUUUAUUAUAAGAAUUAUCUGCAUUAUUUGACUGUAUUUGCCAUCAGUUUUUGACAGAUGUUUUUUUUAUUGUUCUUAUUGGAUAACGUGAAACUUAAAGUUCCAGCACCUACAACUAUUCUGGAAAUCUAUUAUCCCAAGGAUUUUCUACAGUUCAUUAUGGCGGGUAAAAGCUAAGUCUUAAUGGGAACGGUCGAGUAUGGACAAAGAAGAAGAUUUGGAGACACUUGGUGAACAGCUUUAUUCUAUGAUUUACCCCAAACACAAGGAGAGUGCUGGAAAACUAACAGGUAUGUUGCUUGAGCUUCCUAAGGCUGUUCUCAGCCAGAUGCUGCAGGAUGAGGCCAUACUGACAGCAGCUUUGGAGAAAGCCCUAAAAGCUCUGCAGGCGGCACCAAAGUCCAGUGAGGUAACACAUAACGACGAUGAUGAUGUGUCCGAGUCCUCUGACUCUCUGGGAGAACAGCUGUUUGAGUUGGUGGAUAUUUACAACACUGGCUACUCUCAGAAAAUAACGGGAAUGUUGUUGGAGCAGCACAAAGAGGCCGUUUUACAGCUUUUGUCAGACCCCAAACUGCUUGAAGAGCAUGUGAACAUCGCUCUGAAGACACUAAAAGAGCAAAAUAUAGAGGAGACAGAUCUCAGUGACGCUUCAGAAGCCGAUGAGACAGACAGGCUAGGAGAGAAGCUCUUCUCAUUGGUUGAGCAGAUGGAUUCACUGCAUGCAAAUGAUAUCACAGGUAUGCUCCUGGAGAUGGACUCGGCUUCUAUCCAACAGCUGCUCAGUGACCCGGCAAAGCUGGAAGCUGCAGUUCAAAAAGCACAAGCAGUUCUGGAUGCUGUGAGCUAAGCUGAAUUUGAUUAAAAACUGUGCGAAUUCUGAAGGACCUUAUUUAGUGCUUUUCUAAUUUCUUUUUAACAUUUUCCCAUCAGUGUCUACUGAAAAAGUGAUCCAUCCCUUCUGCUUCCCUUUGCUGCUGAACUGUUAACUUUUUUUUUUUUUGAUCAAAUUGUUUACAUUGCUGAAUAAUAGGAUUCUUGCUGUUGAGAACUUACAUAAAAGUUUAAUAUGCUGCUUUAAUUAGUUUGUA